GAAAAAGAAAAUGGCCGCCGUCGCGUGUGUGUACAUCAGCACUUUGGUAGCGCUCUUGGCAUAGACGUUUUUGUUUUUCCACGUAAUUUUUCACCUUCUAAGCGCGGUUCAUCGACACGGACGGGGUAAAAGAUUUCUGUUUCUACUGUGAUUUUUCGCGUAUGUUCCGACGUUCCAGGAGUUAUGUUUAUUGGACAAGCAGAAGCUCGGAAAAAUAACCUCUCGUCUCCGGAAGAAGCAAGAAAAAGUGUGCUCCCUGUCGCAUCCGGAAUAAUCGGUGUGCUGUGAGUUUCAGUCAGUUUUUCUCCCUUUGAUUUGCCUGUAGCAUUCCUUUUUCCGUUUUGAUGGAUUUCAAUUAUUAAACGAGUGCGAUAUUUCGUGGGGCUAAGCCCAGAUGAGAAGAAUUUAGUGUGGCAGCGCUAAAUACUGCAUGCGUUCAAUUUUCAUUCUGGGAAACGAACGUGAUUGUGGACGAGAAAGGAGAGGCGAAUUAGAAAAGAAGAAUAUUGCAGCAGCAGCAACAGCAACAACAACGGUAUAGCAGCAGCAAGCAGAAGAAGAAAAAGCGAAUUCUGUGUCUACUUUGCGAUCGAGAGGAAGAAGUGCAAAAGGUGAAUACGUGCUGUUUUCUUUUUAGUAUUUUCUCAGUUUCGGAACAAUCACACAUUUCAAGAAACGGAAUGGGUUGUCGAAAAUCGAUCUCUGAGCAAGUGAUUCAUCUGUGAAUAUACCUGUGCAUAAUCGAUAUCCGAUAGGAAAAAAAAAUCGGAAAAGUGAAAUACCGUGUUUUCUGAAACAUAGUAGCUGCGACAUACUAAUUAUGUGAUUUUUUUCUUCUGUUGUGAAUAUAUGCAGAUAAAAGGAAAUCCUGAUGAAGAGAAGAAAAAAAGCUGAUGCGUGAAGUGAAGUUUAGCCCUGUGUGAAAAAUGGUAUUUGAAGAAGGGCAUGCUCAAUAGCAGCGCAAGCAAGCAAGAGAGAAAAAUAGUAGUGAUUAAUUGUUGCUGAAAGUGAAUAUGUUUGGAGAUCACAAGUGUCUCAACAUAGGCAGUUUAGCGUUAAAUAAGUGAAUGAGUGAGCCGAAAUUGAGCCGAAGUGAAAUUUAUAAAUUCAACCAACCAAUCUGUGUGAACAACUACGGAAAAAUAUGCUGACUUCGGAAUGAUAUGGAAGCGGCUAUACGUUCAGUGCAGCAGGUUGGGCCGCCGGGCCAGAGGUCCGACACUGGCCCUUCAUCGCAGCCUCCUCCGACGAUGUCAUUUCAGCAGCGGAUGCCGUCCGGUGUUGCGCAAAUCCAUAGGUCUGUUGACACGGCUCAAAGCUAUAGUAAGGGUGUUGGGCCACCUCAAUCCGCCUCCAGAUCGGCAGCUAGUCCUCUCUCACCACCAAGACCUGGUCCUGGGGCGGGAGCUGCAAACUAUCCACCAUUCGCCGGAGCACCAGCACGGGAAGCACCGCUUAGAUAUGUGCAGAACAAUUCGUACUAUCGCGAAAACCCUUACACUCGGGUAUCACAGGUUCCACAAAUGCCUGAAUACCAUAGGCAGGUUCCGGUUGUCUCCGUAUCUAGUAGUAUACCCGCACCUAUCAGUAUAGCAAAUUCCAUGGAGCCAGUACAACAAUCAACCCGACCCCGAAUAUCCCUGCUUCCGCAUAAUCCCGAUUAUCCGCAAGCACGAGCCGUACAGCAACUGCCACCAGCACCAUCGGAUAACGGUCCACCCGCAUUUAAGAAAAUACGCCUGAAUGAGAAUAGUCAACCUGCGCAAUCCCUCCUGAACGUUGAUACACGUGAUCCACCGGUGUCAUCCGGUGCGUAUCAUCCCCAGGUGGAAGCGAUCUCACCAACUUUACCAAGCGAUCCCACUGAGGAACUUCGUGCCACUAAGGAUGACCUGUUGCAGCAGAUCGCCAAGGUGGACAUGGAGAUCGACAAGGCGGAGAAGAAGAUCGCUAUGCUGAAGAAGAAACAGGAAACGCUUGAAGAGGCUUCGCUGAAACCGGCGGUUGAGGAAAGCGCCGCCGAGACGCAACCGAAACAUCGCAGCAUGGCACAACAGGUUUACGCCGAUAACAGGAAACGAGCAUUGACGGCCCAUGCUGUGCUGAGUGCACUUGGUACUGCCACCGAUCUACCGCUGUACAAUCAGCCGUCCGACGCGGAAGUCUGCCGCGAAAUUCAAGAACGCCACAAAACAUUCAAACAGCGUUUGCUGAUGCAUUUCAAGAAAGUAAAAUCAGAACGAGCGGCAGCGCAGGUGGAACUGACUGAGCGAUAUGCGCAGUUAUCGCAGGAAUGGUCUAAACGUGUAGAUAAAAUGGAAGGUAGUGCAAAACGGAAAGCGAAAGAAGCGAAAAACCGAGAGUUUUUCGAGAAAGUGUUUCCCGAGCUUCGAAAGCAACGGGAAGAUAAAGAACGAUUUAAUCGUGUAGGUUCUAGGAUUAAGUCCGAAGCCGAUCUUGAAGAGAUCAUGGAUGGUCUUCAGGAGCAGGCGAUGGAGGAUAAAAAAAUGCGUUCAUAUGCUGUGAUUCCACCUUUAAUGUUAGACUCCAAACAAAGAAGGCUAGUGUUUAAUAAUGAAAAUGGAGCGCUAAUAGACAUGGAAACAGAAUUUAAGGAACGGUUAAACUUGAAUGUGUGGACCGUUGGAGAAAAGGAAAUUUUCCGGGAGAAAUUUUUGCAGCAUCCGAAGAAUUUCGGUAUCAUUGCAGCCAGCUUAGAUCGGAAAAGUGCGCAGGACUGUGUACGAUAUUACUACCUCAGUAAAAAGGCGGAAAAUUAUAAGCAGUUGUUACGAAAAUCCAGACAGCGGACGCGAAGUUCUAGGAAUAUGCAUAAAUCCAAUCAAAACCAGGCGCAGUGCAUAGUGGAUGCUUUAACAACUGGUGUUACAACAAGACUACAACGCGAACAACAACAAAAGACUGUAGGCCGUGAUCGUGCCGCGAAUUCAACAAAUAGUUCAUUAGGAAAUAGUACGACAUCAAAUGUCACAACAAAUUCAUCUUCAAAUAAUACUAACAACAAUAACAGUAGCAGUAAUAACAGUAGCAGCAGUAGCAGUAGUACAAGUAGUAUUAGCGCGAGUACGACUGUGUCUAGUGUAACAACUACAACAACUACGACAGUACCGGCAGCGUCUAUAUCAGCGACAGCGGCGGCGGCAUCAGUAACCAGCAGCACGAUGACUACUUCGGCGACAUCUCCUGCCGCAGUAGCUGCAUCAACGAUUGUGACGAUUACGUCAAUAAGUGCGACAAGUAUAUGUAGUAGUUCCAGCACAGCUACUAUUAGUAACAUCAGCAGUAGUGCUAAUGGAAUCAGUAAUGCAUCCAAUGUAAAUUCUGUGCUCUCGGGAAGCGAAAGUACGGAAACGAUGGAUGAAGAGGAAACGAACAAAGACAAACAAGCCGCUGGUUCUGGUUCGCCUGCAACAUCUCUAUCUGUUACUGCUGCUAUUGCAACAGCGACUAUUUGCAGUACUACGGCAUCUACUGUUUCUACGAUUGCAACUGUGUCAACAUGUUCGACACCUACAACCAUAUGCUCAUCUAGAAGUGCAACGCCCUCAUCCCUAGUUUCAUUAACGAUCACAUCAACUGCAUCAACAUGUUCGCCCAGUUUAUCAGUAGCGCCUUCGUGCAUAAAUACAGCCGCGGUGACCCUUUCUACGAUCGCAUCUGUGUCUGCACCUGCUUCGGUCGUAUCUAAUAUCAGCAGCAGUAGCAACAGUACCUUGGUCACGAUUGUGUCUAAUAGCAACAACAAUAAUGGUGUGAACAACAGUUGCAGCAACAAUAAUAACAACAAUAGCAGUAGCUUAUCGGGUGUAACUGCUGUGGAGACGUCUUUUGUACCUAAUCUUAGCUCUAGUAUUUCUAUUCCACUGAAUGGCGUAAAAACGGACGUGCUGAAUUCUGCUACAGUUGUUGCGUCGACGGCCACAACAGCAUCGAACAACAGUAGUUUCUGCAUUAACGCCAAUGUAAAUAAUGUACAAUCAACCGUACCUAGUUCGGUUGUUACUGGUGGUGGCAGCAGUGGAAUCGUUUUGACUCAUGCCGGGUCGGUGCCGGUAACGGCAAUUGCACCAAGUGGAAUCAAUACGUCGUCGUCCUGCUCACAACCUCCGACGCAUUUACAACAACAACAACAACCAUUGCAGCACCCACACACAAAUGCAAUCAUGUUUAACAACACGAGCACCCCGAAAAGUUUAUCAACGACGACGUCGUCGUCAAUGGACAUCAUUAUCAAGGAUAUAACGCUGGGUUCCGUAGUGGCAAGUGUGGUGAACAGCAAACUUGGCGUCAAAGAUAACCUGCUCAAAGAUGAUUUGGAUCCAAGUGACCCAAAGAAGAGACGGAUAGAAAUUGACGGAGUGAAGGAUGAGAACGUAACACAGGAAAGUAAAGACAAGGGCAACAUGCUACAUUCAUGUUUUGUGUGUAAGGCUGAAACAUGUUCGCGCACACGUCCUUUGGAACGAGGCCGGGGCGCACAAUACGGCAUACCGGAAGAGGCGAUUCCGCCGGGGGCACGUGUUUGUAAUACGUGCCAAUGCAAGUCAGUGAAAUCGAGAUAUACGAACUGUCCCUUACCGACAUGUCCUAAUCCGAAAGAUAGAGUUAAACGCUUUCGAAAUCUUCCACCGCGUCUCUUCGAGCUAUCUCCGGAGAUUCGAGAUCCAAUUAUUCAGGAACUACAAAUACCACCGAAUGUGACGAAAUGCUGCUCCGCUUGUUUGACGCGCAUCCGGCGUAAGAUGGGCACCCAUCUGCUAGGAACCAACCUGACGGAUGAGGAAGUAGGACGAAUGAAGAAACUCCUGCAGGACAUCGGUCCCAAGUGGAAUCAACUAGCAGAAGCGCUAAACAAGACUCCAGUUGCAUUGAAGAGUUUCUAUUUCCAUUUCAAGAAAAAGUACGGCUUUGAUUUGGCUAUGGCAGAAUACUACAAACAACACCCUGGAGAGGAUCGUCGACCGGCGAUGACUGAUGUUGACGAAUCGGAUAUGAGCGGUUCGUCUUCAGAUGAACGUGACGGUAGCAGUGAUACGACUGCUUCCGCUGAAAGUCCAAACAAUUCGGUUCCUUUGAAUGUAACGAAAGAGGAAAUCAUCGUUGUUCCCGAAACAUUGGGACCUCCUCCUCUCACUAAGAAUUUUGAAGAUGAUAGAUUGUUACCUCCAGGACAACCUCCCAGGAAGCAGAAACUCAUUGAAGAAUAUGAUAGUUCUGCCACAGAAACAGCUGACGAAGAAAACGAAACCUCGCCAGCGAAUAGGCAGAGCCCCAAAGCACAUUAUCCUCCACUCGGGGGUGUGAAUCCAGUCAUCUCAGUGCAUCAUCCAUCUUUGCUAAAUGGACCUCGGAACAAUGAGGUUAACUCACCACAAAACGUCAGAGAUGUUGUGUUGAAUGUUAUCGAGCGGUCGCUUAAAUCAAGUAUGAUGCCAAGCUCAGGAAAACCGCCACCAAUGAAAAUUAUUAAUGAUCUGUCUUUUGCCCCACGAGACUAUCGAGACAUGUCGAAAGGACCUCCUACCCAGCGACCCUCAUCGGAAGGUAUGGCCACCUUAUCGAUAGUGAAUACCCAUGCCCAUGGUCCAUCACAGUUGAUAUCUCAUCAUCCUCAUUCGAUUGGUUCACAAAUACAAGCAACCAUUACACCAGUCCCGCAACAAGCUUCGCAGCAAAUGACGCCGUCACAGCAGAUCCCGCCUCCUUUGCAGCAACAGCAAUCGCAGUCUCAAAUCACCACUCAACCAUCGCAACAAGCAGUUGGCUCCAUCGGUCACGAAAAGGACAUACCUGUGGUGUAUCUUCGGGAAGAACCUCAAACGCUCGAUCUCAGCAUAAAAAAGCCUCAGCGAGAUAACUUUCCUCCGCCAGCUCAUAGCAACAAGAUGUCUGGUGUUUCCAGCCAACAAAGUGCACUGCCGCCACAUUCUUCUAGCAGUAGCACCGUAACCGUGUAUCGUUCAGAGAACUUUCCACCGCCGAGUCAUCAGCAGCAAUCACAAAACAUUCCAUCGCAUGGAUCACCUUAUAGUUUGAGUUACCAUGGCGAACCCAUGGGUCGUCCAUCCAAGUCAUCGUCAGGGUAUAUGUCAUCUGUUCCCGGAGGUCAGCCGAUAGCUUUGAACCAGGGCUUAGUAGGCCCUCCGAAUUCGGCACCUUCAGUUGUUGGCCGGGGUCCAAUGUCGCAGCAAACAAUUUCUUUAACUCCGCCACCAAGCAAAAAGCAGAAUGCUCCCAAAUUAAGCCCUAAGAUGCCACAUCAAGUGCAAUCGGCUAUGCAACAGCCACCGCCACAAUCGCAUGGAUCCAAGGGAUCGAUUACGCAAGGAACACCAGUGAAUGCAACCGGCCAACAGAUCAUUGUGCAAGGCCAGACGACGUUGAGUCCGCGAUAUGACAACAUGCUUCGACAAACGCCUCCGUCGAAUGAUAAGCUCGGAUCUAUUACCCAAGGUACUCCCGUACAUGUGUCUACACAUACCCUGUCGGAUAAACGUGCAGCAUACGAAUACAAAUCAUACAACAAUCGUCAAAGUCCGGCACAGGUAUCCCAACCGCCACCACAAGGAAGUCCUCAGGCACCACAGUUCACUUACACCAGGACGGCACCGGCAUUUUCACUCGAACCCCAGCAGCUUAGCUCACGGCAGAUCAUUAUGAAUGAUUACAUUACAUCACAGCAGAUGCACGGGCAAUCGCAGGCACGCAACUCGGCAGGUACUGGAAAUCGACCGGAGAAGGAGUCUCCUUCAUCACGAAGCGCUCCAAGUAUCGUGAACACUCCAGCUGCUUUGCUAUAUGCCGUUGCCGAACGUGAACGCAACUCCAGACCAGAAUACCUGAGUCGAGCGUCUCCCGCCGACCAUAUCAAUAGGGUUUCUCCCGUUUUCAGUACUCCUAGUCCACAUCGAACACCUCCACCACCACAGCGUCAGGGUGUUAUUCAGAGACAUAAUACCGUCGGAGGAACCGGAGGAGCCGGUGGAGGAGCAGGGUCGAAGCCACCAAGUCCAGCGCCUAAUCGUCUGCAUCUAGUUCCCCCACCACAUCAUUACAUGCAAGGACACGAUGCAUUCACUUCGUUGGUGGAUUUAGCUGUACAACAACAGCCGAUGACUGUGCCACACAAGGACGAUAAGCGACAAUCGAUUGCUGAACAACAACAGGCACCGCCACCACCAACGCAUCAUGAUAUACGAUAUCACCAAGCUACAAUGAUGAUCCAUCAUCAGCAACAACAACAGCAGCAUCAAGCGGCCGUAGCGGCAGCUGCUGCGGUACAACAACAACAACAAGCAGCAGCUGUUGCUCAGCAACAACAUGCAGCGGCUGCUGCUGCUGCCGUUCAUCAGCAGCAUGCAGCUGCAGCUGCGGCUCAACAUCAACAGCAUCAGCAGCAGCAGCACCAACAGCACCAGCAGCAUCAGCAACAUCAACAGCAUCAACAACAUCAACAACAUCAGCAGCACCAGCAGCAUCAGCAACAUCAGCAACUCCAGCAGCAGCACCAACAGCAUCAACAGCAACAACAACUUCAAAGACAACAACAGCUUGAUCUGCAACGGCGUCAACAACCCCAACUUCAUCCAUCUCUCCAGCAUCCGUCGGUGGUGGCCUACCGGGAACAGCAGCAACUGGAUCGAGACCGUGAAAUCAGCUAUCGCGAACGGCUCGAACGAGAACGUAGUCUCCAGGCGGAGCGUGAUCGAUCGAUAAUAGCGGAGAGACACGAGCGCGAUCGAGAACGGGAACGGGAACAACGCGAGCAGCGUGAUAGACAGCAAAGGGAGCGUGAUCGGGAUCGAUUGGCUCACCAGGAGGAAGACGAGCGUCGUCGGAAACAUUACGAACUGAUGGAGAGACCAAUGGAAACGCUGGGAAUGCGCCCAUCUUCGGACGGCUCGUUGACCGCUGCGAACCUGAUUGAUGCGAUUAUCACUCAUCAAAUUAAUCAAACAGCAUCGGAGCCACCGUUGCCGCCCAACCGUGACAUGCACCGUCCUCCUUACUUUCCAUCACGUGACCAUCGCCCAUCGCCAAUAAGUGAAAACAAUGGGAAAUCUCAUUCACCCAAUGUGAUAAACAUCGAUGUUGACUCGGAACCGAUUCGAACGAAGAAUAUUACACUAGGCGAAUUAGCAGAAACUAUCAUCGCUAAAGACUACUCGCCAAGUCCUAACCCAUUCCUGCAGAUGCGUCCCUCGAUGAUACCGAUGUCGCUGGAUUCUGCUAUAAUGGCCUCGUCAGAUGCAUGGAAGUAUCGUCGAAUGCCACCAGCGAGCAAAGAAGAUCAGUCACCCCACGUUCAGCCGCCAACUUCUUCUUCACAACAGCAACAACAACAACAACAACAACAGCAAAUGCAGAUGCAGGUGCAACAAUCUCAACAGGGUCCCCCUGGACAUCAGUACGUGCAUCCUUCGCAGCAACCACAAAACAAAGGCCCAGGUCGACCUACUCCCGACGAUCGUCAUAUCAUUCGAAUGGCUCAAUCACCAGGUCCACGAAAUAAAUUUCACGAAUCAAUCUCACCCGAUACGCAAUUUUUCCAUCCCGGUGCCCCACUGAGUCGGGGACCUCGUGAUUUUGCCCUGGAUUGCUAUGUUAAGAAUCGAAUUGUCGAAGCAAUGCGAACGGAAGAUGACAAACGUGGUGACGAUGGAAGAGACCAACAAUCGCCUCGAAAUCCUUCGCCAGCUCAUCACGGACCACCGCCAUCUCAUCACAACAAAGAUCACGACCGUAGUUCGACUCCGGGAGACAUGAUAAUCGACGAUGAGACUUGUCGCCCAGCGUCCGGUGGAAACCAACAUCGUCCUCCAUCGUCAUCCCAACUACCCCCGCAUUCUCAAAAUCAAGGAGUAGUACAUAAUUCUCUUCAUUCGUCACCCUACCUUGGAAAUCAAUCCGCUCCGCAGCCAGUGACGACGUUUGCGCCGCCCACAUACUAUCCAUACAGUGCAUUGACCGUAUCCGGAGGUCCGGUGGGCAGUCUUGGCGCGCCCGGAGGCUCCGCGAAAGCGGCAUUAGUCGUUCCAACACUAAGUGGUAGUGGUGUUGGUAUCGGAGUUCCACCAUCAAAUAGUGGCAGUGGGAUGAACGACGAUCGGAUGUCUUCAUCGUCGGUAGCUGUCGAACCGAAACCACUUCUCUCGGCACAAUACGAAGCGCUGAGCGAUGAAGACUAAGAUACGCUGUUUUCCCCAUUGUGUAUUACUGGACGAGAAUGAUAGAAUAAAACAGAAUACAUUCAGUAUGGAAUCUAUCUCAUGCAAAACUUGUAAUUUAUUAUAAAUACUAAUUAUAAAACACAGAAAGGUAUGGAUAACAACACUAAACUAUGAUGAAGAUUAUAAAAGGAUGAGAAGAAAAUAGUAUUCAAAAAUACUUCAAAAUCGACAAAAAAACAGCUAUAGAUAUACAACGAGAAUUAAUUAUUAAAUAUACAGGAGAGAAAAAAAAAACAGAAAGAGAUGGUUAUCGACAACUGCAUAACACGCUAAAUUUAUUCCGUAAAAUCAUAGAAGCGUUAAUAUCUUAUUCAGUCGAAAGUGACAGGUACAGAAUUAAAAGCGCUUAAUCCUGAAAAUAUCCCGGCUAGGAACAUAACACGAACAACAACAAAAAAACCCAACAUUACACAUACAAUCACAAUUAUCCCAAAUACAGUUACUGCGAGAAGAAGAAAAUGAGGGUAGAACUUAUUUAAUCUUUUACGCGUUGUUGACUGUGUGUAAUAAACCAGAAAAGAAAACAAAUCUUCACACAUGUAAUAUUCAAGAAUGUUUUAAUAUGUUUGUUGGAAGAAGGAAAUCGUAAAAGUGCGAUAAGAUGUCUGUCGCAUUGAUGGAAAAAAAGAAGCUUAUUCACGACUAAGGAAAGAAUAAAUGUAUGAGCUUAAUCGGAAAGCUAGAGAAACACAAAAAUAGUAUGUAUAUGCCAAUCAACCCGGGGAAAUAGAAAACAUCCAAUAACAAUACACUAGGCUGUAAGGCUCAGUUAAUGUUGCAUUUUUUUCUCUGUUAUAUUUGCUUCUCAGUUCCAUGAUUUGAUUUGAAUACCGGGACAUUUCCACCAACAUCGAUCAAAGGAAAAGAAAAUCUGCAUUAUUUCUUGGAUAUUAAUUCAAAGCCAGAAAGUUAUAAACAUUAGUUUUAAACGUCAGUAUGGUUUAACAACAGUGCAGAGGAAGAGAGGAAAACAAUCCGCAGAAAACACUGUAGCAAAUGUAUAACACCGUUAUAGUCCAAAUGCUGAGAUUAACGCGCGCUGUACAAUAUAACACUAAAACGCAUAUUGCAUCAACAAAAAGUAAAAUAAAAUAAAAAAAAAGAAAAAGAAAAAGUGGUAAUAUCGAUUUUGCGUUCUCUAUAAAGAAAACUGCAUGUAAUUAUAUUAUUGUCAAGUUUAUUAAGAUAGUUCUCAAUUUUUAAGUUACAACUUAAAAAACUAACGAUUGAUUGAUUACUGAACAUAUAAAAUUUAGUUAGGUAGGCAGAGAAAAAAAUUAGAUCGCAGUAAGGCAUAAGAGAGAAUCAAUGAUUAAACAUUGUGUAAUUUUUGUGUUAAGCUUUUUUAGUUUGUAAUUAUUUCCCUUAUUUUUCU